AGCAUGAACUGUUCAUGAAAAUUUAGUGAGCGAUAAUAAGUGAAUUUGUACAAUAUCAAUAAAAUACCAAAACGUACAAAUCAUUUUUUUACAAUUUUAAGCUAGUCCAAUAAAAUGAUUAUUCAUGUAUUUUACCUGACCAUUUGAAGAAGAAUGUUUCGCUAUAUACGCCGCAUAUCUACGCGUAAACCGACUAGACGCAAACAUCUUUUCAACUUCGACCGGCACUUCCGGGUUAAUCGGGUCAAACUUCCCCGGAUGUAAUUUCAUCAUUAGGAAAAGGCGGAGAAGGACAAACAAAAUUUCUCCCAUUUCAACUGAAAACUAUAGCUUUUUAACAUCGAAUCGGUACUUCGUUUACCAACAUGACGGAGACCAAUAAACCAGACGCUUAUAUAAGUGAAAAACAGGACCUGGAAAAGGCAGAUGAAGCGAAUAUCGGAGCAGAUUUGGACAGCUCCAAGGUUAAAUUCAUCAAUGGCGGAGCGGGUGAUCACGAUUCCAGUGUUCAGAUUGAACCAAGUGAUUCCUCAGAGAGUUCAUUCAGUGGAAUGAGCAAGGAAGAACUCCUGAAAUUUGCUGAUGAUCCAUUUUGGGUAAAAACCCGAUAUGCUCUCUUCAUCCUAUUCUGGUUGGCAUGGAUUGGCAUGACUGUUGCCGCUAUCUUGAUCAUAGUUUUUGCCCCCAAGUGCCCACCUAGGGAGAACUUGGACUGGUGGCAGAAGGGUGUCGGCUACCAGUGUUACGCUAAGAGUUUCAAGGACUCUGAUGGGGAUGGUGUUGGAGACCUAAAAGGAGUUCAAGAGAAGGCUGCCCACUUGAAGUCAAUCAAUGCCUCAUUCGUCUACCUGUCUCCUGUUUAUGCUUCUCCCAUGGAAGAUGGCGGUUAUGACAUCACUAAUCACACCGAGAUUGAUGUCACCUUUGGUAGCAUGGCUGACUUUAAAACCAUGCUCUCAGCUCUUCAAGCUGCAGGUCUUCGUGUGAUUAUGGACUUUGUCCCGAACCACACCAGCCGCAAACACCCAUGGUUUGUCGCAAGUCAGAAGGGGAAGAAUAACUCGUACUCAGACUACUAUAUAUGGAGUGACAACAUACCAAACAACUGGCUAAGUGUACAUGAUGGCCCAGCCUGGACAUUUGACGCCACCAGAAACCAGUACUACUACCAUCAGUUUUCUGCUGAUCAACCAGACCUGAACCUGCGAAAUGAGAAGGUUUUGAAAGAGCUUGAAGAUAUCUUGAAGUUCUGGCUGAUGAAAGGUGUCGAUGGUUUCCGUGUUAGCGCAGCUAAGCACCUAUAUGAGAGUGCUGAUCUGACUGCAGAUGAACCAGUUGCUGGCAAUGCUGGGUCGGAGAAAUAUGAAUCACUGGAGCAUACUCUUACCACCCAUCAACCUGAGACCUUUGAGUUGAUGGCUAAGUGGAGAUCUCUUCUGGAUGGAUACACAGGGGAAGGCAGAUACAGGGUACUAAUGGCUGAGGUAUAUGACAGACCAGAGCUUGUAGCCAAGUAUUACAAGGGACUUAAUGAUACAAAGGGAGCUGACAUGCCAUUCAAUUACAACCUGGUGGAGUUGAAAUCUGGCUGUGGGGGUACAUGUGUUCAGCAGUUGGUUGAUGCCUGGGUAGAUAAUGCUCCAGAGGGCAGAUGGAACAAUUGGGUGGUUGGUACACAUAACAACAAGCGUGUGGCUAGUCGUAAAGGUGAGAAGUACAUUGAUGCUGUAAACAUGCUGUUGAUGACACUGCCUGGAACACCCUUCAUAUACUAUGGUGAUGAGAUCGGCAUGACUGAUGUUGCAAUUGCCAAGCCUGUUGACAAAUUAGGCCGUGAUGGGUCUCGUACCCCAAUGCAGUGGAACGGAGAUAGAUUUGCUGGCUUCACAAAAGGCAACACAACUUGGCUACCAGUAGCAGACAACUACAGAAGGGUCAAUGUCAUGACAUCAAAAAGUGUGGGUGCAGGACGUAGCCACAUGGAAGUGUUCACCGAUCUAACCCGGUUGCGUCAAGAACCUUCCUUCCAAUGGGGUAAAUUUGCCUAUGCUCUGGUCAAUGAUGAGAUCAUCUCCUACGCACGUCAAGCCGAGGGCUUCCCAGGGUUCUUAACAGUUAUGAACCUCGGGGAUAAACCAGCAACAUUUCAGUUGAAGCGUCAUCUACCUGCCGGGGUACCAGUCGAUGCUGAAGUUGCAACACGCUCUGAGAUGUUCGAUAAUUCUGACUUUAAUCAUGGCCACACUGUAAAGUUCACAGAGUCUAUGCAUAUAGAACCAGGUCAGGGUAUUGUGUUCAAGUGGCCAUGGACACCACCUCAGUAACCUAGGCAACCUACAUGACAUCUUAGACAGCCCAGAGUUGUGACUGGACAGUUUUUCCUGAGAGAAUAGCUUCUCAGUUUGAUCCUAUUUCAAGCAUUGAACAAACUUGUGUACUUGUUUUACAUGAACAAAGUAUUAAAUUAUUAAAUGUUAGAUUUUUCAGUACAAAAUCUAUGACACUAAAUCCUUAGACAAGCCAUUUAUAUUAUAAGCAUUCAAUUAACCCUUCUGUAGCUAGCAUGAAAUGAAAGACUUUAUUUUACAUUUGAAUAACAACACACCUAUAUUCAUCUGUAAUCAAGAUACAUAAGGGUUAACGCUUCAAUUGUUAAAUGGAGUAUGAGAAAUGAAUCAUGAUGCUUGAAUCCUAUUCAUGAAAUCCAGUCUGUAAGAUUUUUAUAGCAUGUUACCAUAGUCCACCACAAACUCUCAAAAUAGGGCUAAAUAGCACCUGCAAAAAAAUCAGAAUAUCCUUUCACAUCAAAAAAUUGAUGAAAAAGCAGAAAAAAUGAUGUGUUUUGAGUUUAUAUUUUGAAUAGUUGGCCUCUUUUCUGAUCUUGAAGUGAACCUCCACAUGAUAUCUUUAAACUUGCUGUACAUUGUCUCAUCAAGUCCUUUGAAGUGAGAGGGUAUUCUAUUUGCAUCUUUCUAUAUAAGUCUGAAAAUAUGAAUAUCGGAAUUCCUAGAUUUAUCCUGGGGUGAAUAUAUUGUUAAUGAAUUAAUAUAAAUGAUGUCAACAAUUUUUGUACAAUUAGAUAUUUCCUGAAGUGUUUUGAGGUAUGAUAUGAAAUAUAAGCCAAUAUACUACAUUUGAUUCAAAAUUAAUAAAAAAAACAGUAGAUUGAUGCAAAAUAUUUGUUUGUGUUUUACUCAGAAGGAAAUAUUUCGGUUUUAGAUGAUCAUUUGAAUGUAUGUUAAAAAUCCAUUUGCAGUAUCACAAUAAGUUGUGAUGGGAAAACCAUGAAUGAAC